ACAUAACUGAAUAAUAAAAAAAAUGUGCUCGGGACACAAAUAAAUAUAAAUCAACACGAGACGCCACACACGCAGAGCUCGAGUGUUCUUUGCAAAACCACAGGAACAAUCUUUGCUCGUCCCUCUAAGAUUCUGCGUCUGCGUGUGUGUAAGGAUGGUCAUGGAGACUCAAGCGGCGAACGUGAUGGGAGGCAAGACGGCACGUGCUUGCGACGCGUGCAUGCGUCGGCGUGCACAUUGGUUUUGUGCAGCCGAUGACGCGUUCCUGUGCCAAACCUGCGACUCGUCCAUCCACUCGGCGAACCAAUUGGCGAUAAGGCACGAGCGUGUACGGCUCCGGACGUGUUCCAUGUCACCUUCGUCCUCCUUCUCGUCUUCCGUACAUUCUCAGAUCGAGAAAUCGACCGGAGUGAACGCCGGAACACUGGUGUGGUACGAAGGUUUCACGAGGAAAACAAGGACGCCGAGGAGAUUGCUUAGGAGGUCACUUCAAAAGAAGAAGGUCGUUAAUGCUAUUGCGAACGAUGAUUUGGAUUUCGAUUUGGAUUUGAAUUCCACUUCCAAUUCGAACGAGCCUGUUGUCCCUGAGCUCGGAAGUGAAGAAGAGUUGUUUUUAUUUCCUUCGAUGGUCGAAAACGAAGAGAAUUUGAAUUGUCAGGUUCCGGUGUUCGAUUUCUCCGACAUGGAGAUGGAAGCUAACGACAUCAACAAAGAUGAAAACAGCUUUGGUUUUGCCCCGGAUUCAGACAAGAUUGGUGGAGGAUGUCACGAGGAGGAACAAAUGGAGAAUGGGUUAAAUGGCUUCUUGCCCUUCGAUAUGGAUCUUGCCGAGCUCACCAUGGACGUUGAGAGCUUACUCGGAGAGGAAUCUUGCAUGGGAAUCAAGGAACCAGGGGCUCUUGAAUUCAAAGAAGAUGAAGAGAAAAUCGGUUUGACAUUGAGGACCGUUAAAGACGAGGAAGAAGAGGAGGGAUUAGGAGAAACUUGUCGAUGGAAUUUGGACAACGGGUCCUCAGUUUCAGGUGGAAAAAGAGAAGAAGUAGAAGACGUGAAUGGUAAGAAAGGAUUAAGAAGCGAGGAUAACUAUGAAGAAGAAGGAGAAGAAGAAGAAAGAUGUGCGGAUGAGAAGGCAAAGAAGCAGAGCUUGUUUUUGCGGUUAGAUUACGAAGCUGUGAUGAUUGCUUGGGACAGCGAAUGCUCGCCAUGGACCACCGGUCGCUGCCCGGAUUUCCGUCCCAGCAACUUUUGGCUGGACUGCCUGUUGCAGGGCUUCGUAAUCGACGGGUCCGAAGAGGCGACGCCAGCCGUUGGAUCAAUGCCACGUCGGCAAGGGAGAGGAGGAUCCGACGGCGAGAGAGAAGCGAGGGUGUUGAGGUACAGAGAGAAGAGGAGAAGGAGGUUGUUCGCGAAGAAGAUAAGGUACGAGGUCAGGAAACUCAAUGCCGAGAAAAGGCCUCGUAUCAAAGGCCGGUUCGUCAGGAGGACCUCGUCUUACUGCGUCAUAUAGCUAGUUUGGUUUGGUUGAGUUUACGAUAAGUGUAUUUUGUAGGAAGUGUUCUUGAAUGUCUAUUUUUUUUUUAAUUUUUAAAAUCACUAUUUUUCAUAUUAAGGUUUAGAAACCUUUAACGUACUUCUGUCGUCAACAACAUCAUCGUUGUCAUCAGAAAUGUUUGCGUCGGACCUCCUUUGUCAUAUUCGUCAUCUGUAUCCAAAAUUUUUCGGAUAUGUGAUUCGUCUUCGUUCCUCCGA